AUGAAAACCCCGUCAGAUCCGGGGUUUGCGUUCCCGGAUUGGGCCUACAAGCCGGAGUCCAGUCCUGGGUCCAGGCAGAUCCAGCUCUGGCACUUCAUCCUGGAGCUGCUGAGGAAGGAGGAGUACCACGAGGUGAUUGCGUGGCAGGGAGACUACGGAGAGUUCGUCAUCAAAGACCCCGACGAGGUGGCCCGGCUGUGGGGGGCGCGCAAGUGCAAGCCCCAGAUGAACUACGACAAACUGAGCCGAGCAUUAAGAUAUUACUACAACAAGAGGAUACUCCACAAAACCAAAGGCAAACGAUUCACCUACAAGUUCAACUUCAACAAACUGGUUCUGGUCAACUACCCCUUCAUCGACAUGGGCUCAGGUCGUGGCGUUCCCCAAAGCGCUCCUCCCGUCCCGUCUGGAGGCUCUCACUUCCGCUUCCCGCCGUCCACGCCCUCAGACGUGCUAUCAUCCAGCGAGGAGCUGCGCAGCCCGGGCGCCAUGUACAGCGCCGUGAGCCGACGCAUGGCCCGCGGCUCCGUCAGCGACUGCAGCGACGGCACCUCCACCAACUCCGAGCUGGAGGAGGCCGGAGCCGAGGAGCGAGGCGGCGGCGGCAGUGGCGGUCCGGAGCGCGCGUACAGAGGCCUGCUCCCGCCGCGCCUCCCCCACGACUCUCUCUUCAGACUGUACGGCCCGGCAGGACUGGCUCGCCCCACGCCCAGAGUCCACGGAGACCCGCUCUCGCCUUUCCCAGUGUCUCCUCUGCCGGGGCCGGGUCUGCUGCCGCCCCUCUCCCCUGCUAUGUCCAUGACGCCCACCCCUCACCUCCCCUUCACGCCCUCUCCCUCCUUGGCCUCCCCGCUCAUGGGCUCUCACUUCUCCUUCAACGCGGAGGACAUGAACCAUUACCUGCAGGCGCACACCCAGUCCGUGUACAACUACCACCUGAGCCCGCGCGCCUUCCUGCCCUACCCCAACAUCAUCGUGCCGCAGCCGCACAGACCGGCGCUCGACAAGCACGCACUGCUCCACGGCCUCUCUCACCCCCUGGGGCAGUCGCUGGGGCAGUCGCUGGGGCAGUCGCUGGGAGCCGCCGACGAGUUCAAGUUCAAGCUGCAGCCGCCACCGCUCGGAAGGAAGCACCGCGAGACAGGAAGUACCUCGUCCGCGUCCUCCUCCUCAGCAGCCGCUUCUGGACCGUUCUCUGGGUCCAGUCUAAACAUGAGCGCAGGACCCCCAAAGAUCAAGGUGGAGCAGAUCUCAGACAUGGAGUCGGACGAGGAAGUGGAGGUGACGGACAUCAGCGAGGAGGACGAGGAUAUGAAUCACCACGACGAUGACGAGGAGGAAGACUGCGGCGGCAUCUUCACACCACUGUCCCGUCACCGCCUCCUGCUUCACCACGGCAACGGCGGCGUCCUGCGGCACCACAGCAGCGUCAGAGCGAGCACGCUGCCGCACGCCAACGGAGCCGCGGAGGAAGACGAUGACGAAGACGUGUUCAAGACCCCGGCCACGCCCCCCGCAGGCGUCAUGCCGUUCCCCGCGCUCAGUCUCAAAGCAGAGCCGGGCAGCAGCGCCCCCGUGAGUCCUGGAGGAACACGCUGCAUCCCCCUCAAGCUGAGGUUCAAGAGGCGCUGGAGCGAGGACCAGAAGACAGAGGCCGACGGCAGAGAAGCCGAGCGGGACGGUGAGGCUGAGGACAAGAAGGUGCGCGCUGACGGACAGGAGCGUCUGGAGGAGGAGCCGAGGGGAGGAGCGCAGGAGGAGCUCGCGCCCGCCAGAGGAGCAGUGAUCCUGGGCCUCUCUCUGCCACCGCCGCCCCCCCCCACCCAGCGCCGCGCCAGCUCCGAGCUCCAGAGAGCGACGGCGCAACUGUCUCUGGAAAACCCCAGCUGCUGA